UCUUUCUCUCGUGGGUGGCGGAAGUGAGUGUGGAUUUGACAGACAGACAGACAGAGAGAGAGAGAGAGAGAGAGAGUGAAUGAGCGAGAGACACAGGGUCUGUAGUGAGAGUUCAGGAGGUUAGAGGAGGUGAUUCAGGAGACGAGCAGGUGGAGGUGAUGGCCAGUGAAGGAGCCCUGAGUGAGAGCUCAGAGGAGCAGGAUGGAAAUGCCUGCUUCCUGUCUGACACCCCCGACACCGACUCGCAGGUGGAUCCUGGUGGUUCAGUCAUAGAGCAGCUGGGUUUGGACCCGAACUCGGAUUUUUCAGACUCGGGUGUGCAGCAGCGUCUGGAGGAGCACCGCGAGAGAAUCCGUAGAGAGAUCCGCAAAGAGUUGAAGAUUAAAGAGGGAGCGGAAAACCUGCGGCGCGCCAUCAGUGACAAGCGCAACGCUCACCAGGUGGACCACCAGUUACGCUCCUCCAAGCGCAGACUGAACACACUUCAAACACAGCUGCAAGAGCUGGACGCACACAUCAUGGUGAAGGGACAUGACGACAGCAAGGAUGACCUCCCGCACACCGGGACCACCAACCGAUUGUCAGCCAAUGAGGAGCGCAUCAUGGCUCUGGAGCGGCAGCUCAACAUCGAGCUGAAGGUCAAACAGGGAGCAGAGAAUAUGAUCCCCAUCUACGCCAAUGGAGCCACUAAGGACAAAAAGCUGCUGCAGGCCACACAGCAGAUGCUGCAGGACAGCAAGACCAAGAUCGACAUCAUCCGCAUGCAGAUCCACAAAGCCAAGCAGGCCACAGAGCACACGGGUGACACACAGGAUCUGUGUGGUGUGGAGUUGAGGAUUGAGGAGUUAUGGCAUCACUACCGUGUAGAACAUGCCAUGGCUGAAGGAGCCAAGAACAUGCUGAGACUGCUGGGAGCAGGAAAAGCUCAGGACAAGAAGGCUAUCACAGAGGCCCAGGGCAGGCUGACGGAGGCGUCUCAGAGGCUGGAUUUGUUGAAGGUGUCUCUGGAGCAGAGGCUGUGUGAGUUGCCUGAGGAUCAUCCUAAAGCGUGUCUCAUUAAAGAGGAACUCAUCCUGGCGUCCUCCACAGCGUUCAGCAGCCAAAACAGCACCCCCUACGUCCACAACCAGUACAGCACUCUCAGCAAACCAUCCCCGCUCACAGGGAGUCUGCAGGUGCACUUGUUGGGGUGUGUGGGUGUGUUGGACGUGGUCCCUGGCCGCAACAGGACCUCGGCAGUGGUGUUGCCGAACUUCAGCCCCGGUGAUGGCCGAUCCUUCAAACUCAGCAGCCUGAGCCUCAAAAUGCCCAACAAGACUGAAGAGCUCUCUUCCGAAGUGAGUGCAGUGUUAAAGUUGGAGAACACAGUGGUGGGUCAGACGAGCUGGAGGACUGUAGGAGAUCAGGCCUGGGACCAGAGCUUCACUCUCGAACUGGAGAGGUCCAGAGAGAUGGAGAUUGCCGUGUACUGGAGGGAUUAUCGUUCUCUCUGUGCACUCAAGUAUCUCAAACUGGAGGAUUUUCUGGACAAUGAGAGACACCGGAUUCACCUGGAGCUCGAGCCACAGGGCUUACUGCUAGCCGAGGUGACAUUCUUUAACCCUGUAAUAGACAGAGGCCCACGACUCCAGAGGCAAAAGAAGAUCUUCUCCAAACAGCAUGGUAAAGCCUUCCUGAAAGCUAAGCAGAUGAACAUGGACAUUGCCACCUGGGUGCGCCUGUUAAAAAACGCCAUACCAACCAGCACCUCAAACAACAGCUACUCACACAACUCACACACACUCCACACUGGAGUAAUCCCAGAAGAUAAGAUAGCUGUGGAGAGUGCAUCUCCUCCAAGAUCAUCUGAGAGCCAGAGGAGAGAGUUCUCAGAUGCAGUCUCUUCCCCUGAUGUAGCUCCAGAGCGGUUGAGCAGGCGUAGCUCCCACAAUUCCCAGCGCAGGCCGAGCAGAGGGCCGCUCAGCCUGCAGGAUUUUCGGCUCAUCGCUGUGUUGGGAAGAGGACAUUUUGGCAAGGUGUUGCUGUCUGAGCACAAGAACUCCAGGACGCUGUACGCCAUCAAAGCGCUGAAGAAGGGAGACAUUAUCGCCCGAGACGAGGUGGAGAGUCUGCUGUGUGAGAAGCGGAUCUUUGAGGUAGUGACUGGGUCACAUCACCCGUUCCUGGUGAACCUGUUUGCGUGUUUCCAGACACCAGAGCAUGUGUGUUUCGUCAUGGAGUACACGGCUGGAGGAGACCUCAUGAUGCACAUCCACGCUGAUGUCUUCUCCGAGCCACGCUCAGUGUUCUAUGCUGCUUGUGUGGUUUUGGGCCUACAGUUUCUUCAUGACAAUAAGAUUGUGUACAGGGAUCUGAAGCUGGAUAAUUUGCUGCUGGACACUGGAGGCUUUGUGAAGAUCGCUGACUUUGGCCUCUGUAAAGAGGGGAUGGGGUACGGGGACAGGACCAGUACAUUCUGUGGUACUCCAGAGUUUUUGGCCCCAGAGGUUCUGACUGACACGUCAUACACUCGAGCGGUGGACUGGUGGGGGCUUGGGGUUCUCAUCUACGAGAUGAUGGUUGGAGAGUCUCCGUUCCCAGGUGAUGAUGAGGAGGAGGUGUUUGACAGUAUUGUCAACGAUGAAGUACGCUACCCACGAUUUCUUUCAACAGAAGCCAUUAGCCUAAUGAGACGGUUGCUAAGGAGAAACCCAGAGAGGAGGCUGGGCUCCAGUGAGAGAGACGCAGAAGAGGUGAAGAAGCAGCCGUUCUUUAGGGAAAUGGACUGGGAGGCUCUGCUGCAGAGGAAGGUGGACCCUCCCUUCAUGCCCUCGUUAGGAGGGAAGGAGGACGUGAGUAACUUUGAUGCGGAGUUCACGAGGGAGGCUCCCACUCUGACUCCACCUCGUGAACCCAGGACCCUGUCACGCAAAGAUCAGGACUGCUUCAAAGACUUUGACUACGUCUCAGACCUAUGCUAGGGAUCACAGGACAAGGGCUAAAGAAACACAGACCGCACAUUGACCAUAUACUGUGACUGGGGGAUUUGGGCUGUGUUCCAAUGCUGUAUGUUCUCUGUGCGUGAGGUUACAGGAUAAAGAGAGGAUCAGGUCAGGGACUCAGGAACAUGAAGGAGGCAAGCGAACACGUCACACAUAUCAGAGGUGGAGAGAGAGGACAGGAGAGGAACUAUUUACAUGAGAUGAAGAUCACUGGAACGGCUCAGGUUUAUUGAAUAAGAGCUGAAUAAGGAUCAGUUCAUCCUGUCCCCGCAGUCCCACCAGUCCCCACAGUCAUUCCAGUCUCCGCAGUACCCCCAGUCCCCACAGUCCCUCCAGUCCCCCAGACCCCCUAGUCUCUGUAGCCCCCGCAGUACCCCCAGUCCCCCUAGUCCCCACAGUCCCUCCAGUCUCCACAGUCCCCCUAGUCCCCGCAGUCCCUCUAGUCCCCACAGUCACUCCAGUUUCCACAGUACCCCCAGUCCCCCUAGUCUCUGUAGUCCCCGCAGUACCCCCUGUCCCCCUAGUCUCUGUAGUCCCCGCAGUACCCCCAGUCCCGACAGUCCCUCCAGUCCCCGCAGUACCCCCUGUCCCCUAGUCUCUGUAGUCCCCGCAGUACCCCCAGUCCCCGCAGCACCCCCAGUCCCCACAGUCCCUCCAGUCCCCACAGUCCCUCCAGUCCCCCUCAUCUCUGUAGUCCCCACAGUCCCCGCAUUACCCCCAGUCCCCGCAGUACCCCCAGUACUCCCAGUCCCCACAGUCCCCGCAUUACCCCCAGUCCCCCUAGUUCCCACAUUCCCUCCAGUCCCCACAGUCCCUCCAGUCCCUCUAGUCUCUGUAGUACCCACAGUCCCCGCAGUACCCCACAGUCCCUCCAGUCCCCACAGUCCUCACAGUCCCUCCAGUUAUCCUAGUUCCCAUCACUGUCUUUCUGUCCAGAUCUACAUCUUCAUCCCUGCUCCAGUUUUAGACUGUCUCUCAUACAUCAGUGUGUGCAGCAGUCCAGCUCGUCGCACUGCAUACAGCAGAAAAAGCCGAAAAUUCACCAUGAUGUUCUGAAACUCAGGAUGUCCGUUAUAGCACAAGGUUAAUUUUGGGAUUUUCAUCUCCACUUUCUUCUACUUCAAAGGCUACAGACUUAAUUAAAACUGAAUAAUUUUGCUGAUUCUGCAGAAAAACAAUAAGAGCUUCAGAGUUACAGGAGCAGCUUAUUAAAUCUAAACAAAACAAUACAGUGCAUUUGGAAGAAUUAUUUAACCCUUAACAUGUACAUAUUAAAUUGAGUGUGAUUACUACAUCUAGAUUCUUCAUGUCAUUUGUGCUCGAUGAAUUUACAGCUCAGGUGGUAAAUCUGGUGGCUGUGGAGAGGUAAAGUGACGCCAUGCGCAUGACUGCCACUGCAUUAGUGUAACGUUCAGGACUGUUGCAACACGCAUCAAUCUCAUGUACAACAUAAAAAUAAACCAAACUGAGCACAAACACAGUAGCUGAAGCCUGAGCAAGCUUUAUGAUGAGGACAUAUCGUAUGUAUGAGGUGAGGUGUGUGUAUGUAUGAGGUGUAUGUUGGUGUGAGGCGUGUGACGAUUUCAUAAGUCAUAUUGUGUUGAGUUGCUGCAGUGUUAAAGCUGCUGCUUCUCCUCAUUCAUCUUGCUGAACCUUACAGUUGUUCCCAUUCCCAUAUUUUAUGUUAUUCAGAACACAUCUACACACACACACCACAAGAGGGAGCUAGAACACACUUCAUCUCUUAAUAUUCACAGACAUGAUCCUGACCAGUAUGCCACUAUUGUGUGUGUGUGUGGUGUGUGUGUGGUGUGUGUGUGUUUUGCUAAAUCCACACCUUCACUUUCUUUGUAAAAAAAAAUAAAUACAUAAAUAAUGUGAGUUUAUGUGAGUUGAGGUUCAUCUGUCAUAUGUGUUCAUAACCUCAUGAACGGGGAUUAACUUAAAAAUAAAAAAAAUAAAAAUUAACAAACUCU